CUUUUGUCACUUUUGUUUACGUUGUUUGCCAGCAGUUGGAUAGUUGGAUGGUUUGAUGGUUCCAUCACAUUCGGUCCGCGUGUGACUUCAUUUGCUUUUUGUUGAAAGAGUCUAACAUUUGUCGGAUCCUCGUUUAGACUAUGGCAUCAAACAUGAGUGCCAUAUUUGCAUCUUUUCAACAGCAUAUAAACGUCGAGCAGGAUUUGAGAGAAGAAAUUCGUCAAGUAAACAAGGACAUUGAUCAGAAGGCCCGUGAAAUCCAGACUACCCUUCAGAUUAUUCACCAAGAAGGUGGACUAACUAAAAUUGCAGAUUGUUGUGCGCUGACAAGGAAGUUAUUCCUGGAUGUCAAAACAGGGUUUUCUAAAUUGGCAGUACUUAUUCCGGAGGACCAAUACUAUCGAUUCCAUGACCACUGGCGCUUUACUAUGCAGCGUUUAGCGUUUCUUGCCUCUCUCACUGUCUACCUUGAAAGUGGUCAGUUGGCUAUGAUCGAGGAUGUAGCUCAGAUAGUUGGCGUUACCUCUAAGCGAGAAGAUGGUUUCCACAUUGAUUUAGAAGACUAUUUAAUGGGAUUACUUCAGCUUGCUUCUGAAUUGGCAAGAUUUGCUGUCAAUAGUGUCACAAAUGGAGACUAUAAACGUCCUCUUCAUGUAUCUCAAUUUGUUGCUGAAUUAAAUUCUGGCUUCCGUUUGCUGAAUCUUAAGAAUGAUGGCCUUCGUAAGCGAUUUGAUGCCUUAAAAUAUGACGUGAAAAAAAUUGAAGAGAUUGUUUAUGACUUGUCAAUCAGAGGUCUUAAAUCUGAAGAGAAAUCUGAAGACAAAUCUGGGGCAUCCUCAACUUCCUAACAUUUUCAUAAGACUGUGCUCUCACUACAACUGAACUUGUUUUUUCGUUUCCUGUAAUAUACUCUUAUACCAGGUGGGAUAAAAAUAACUAUUUAUUUUAUCCUAUUCUGAUUCUCGCAGGUGAUGCUUAAUGAGGGGAUAGGGGUGAGCACCCACAUUUACAUGAGGAAGUUGUGGCAUCACUACCCUAUCUGGUAAAUGUUGUACUAUCUCUGUUAAAUUUGACUUGUGUAAGCUUAUGCUAUGUUAUUUAGCUUCUCAUAAGAUUAUGAUAGUUUUCUUAAACGUUUGUUUUACUUUUUAAUACACUUCUUCUAUUGAGCUUUUCACUAUUGGUUUUCUUGUCGAGUGUCUCGAAAUUCCAGAAAAUAUUCUUUGCGCCGAAUGCGCCGUAGUUUUACAAACCUUUGAACUUGCCGCCGGAAGAGCAGUGGUGCCUGUCCACUGUCAGAUGUACCUCUUUUCUCUAGACCAGUUGUGAAACCCUCAUGAAAAUGUUCUUCUUUCGGCCAAAAAUAAAAUUUUGCAUCCA